AUGGCCGUUGACGAUGCCUCACCACAGGCAAGGGCCUACCCCGACAAUCAUGCCCGAGCCAACCCCCAAACCGAACAAUCGCUGGGCCCCAACCCCGCAAUGGCCCGCAACUUCCACUUGCAGGUGCGGCCGGAGCUAGUGGUAAAGCCUGACCUGUUCACGAUGAUGUUUGGAUUCUUCGGGCGCAGGAACUGGGAGCGAAGUGUGGCAUACACGAUGAUGGAGCGCGUUGAGAACUCGUGGCUUCUGACGGGCCGCUCUCUCACACAGGACGAGUUGGACGCGUUCACUACCUACUCGACGCGGACUCUGUACUACCGGCGUAUGGGUGUGCCUAUUUCGUCUUUCCUGGGAACGGCAUAUCUUUACUAUAAAGUACGCAAGGAUGCUGGUUUGCCGCCAAAUGCCAGCCCGGCCUCACUUUUCGCCAUCCUACGCAAUCAGGCCCGGGUCGAUAAAGCCGGAUUCCGGUCCAUGAUCGCUGCAUCCGCUUUUAAAAUGCUCUUUAUCACGACAACGGGUGCAAUUGUUUCCGGAUUCACUGCCCUAUACUCAGAGACCACGAAUGUGAUUGUGGAUCCCCGAUUGAGGGGCUUUGUGGAGGACAUGAGAGGCCAAAAGCCGGAGGAAGUCCGACAACGCAAGCUCAAGGCUGCUAGCGAGCGCGCCCGUCGCAUGCGCGGUGGCGAGAAGGAUAUUGAGGGCUACAUUGUCGAGGAACUGCAACAUCCCGGUUCCCACCCGGAGCAAAGCGAUCAAGACUCUUACGCGUACGAGAGCACACCCUCCGGUAGCGACAUGACAUACAGCACCCCGGAGAACGACCAGCAGACUGGCUCGGCUGGUCGUGAGCGCCCUGUGGCGGAAGCUCCACGCAGGUCGUGGGGCUACGGUGGUCAAGUCGCCUCCCAACAGGGAGCAUCCGGCCAGUCUUCUGCGGACUCUGAUUUCUUCCUCGAUGGCAAGGACGACGAUGCCAGCCCCACAGCUCCGGAGUACCGGUAUACGAACCCCGAUGGUUCGCCUGCCGGGAGUGCCUGGGGUCGUCUGCGUCGACAAAACGCAGGACAAAGUUCGCGGGCUCCGCCGUCCCAACAGCCUAGGCCGCAAUGGGGUCAGCAGCAGGAUUCUCCGAAUUCACCGAGUUAUACACCCGCCGGGGAUAGAGACCAAUACGACUCGGAUAGAAGCCGCGAGAAAGAGCAGGCGCAGGCUGAUUUCGAUCGCAUGAUGGAAGCAGAGAGGAAUGUGUCUAGUAGUGGGUCGCCUCAGAACCGGGGCUGGUGA